AUGGCAUCCCCAUAUCAAGCGCCGACCGUGGCAAAAUGGUCCUUAAAACCUCACAACCACAACGCCACUCGAGUUCGCAAUAACCAGCGUCGUCACCGCGCUCGUAUCAAAACCCGACUAGAAUCGCUGGAGAUAGAAUUGGCCCAGUCCCAAGACGAGUUGCGCACAGCAAGAGAUCGAAUCGAGGAGCUAGAGGCUCUGCUUCGUGCCAAAGCUUCCUGCUCCGCUCCAGGUCAGCAAUUUGAAGAUCCUGCACAGAGCUCAUAUUGCACACCAGACCAAGUGAUUGUCGAGCAGCCAUUGCCAGAGCUACAGCUUGGAGACCUAGGUGGUGGCUUGUCAAACUCAGGAGUGUGUCGUCGUCCUCUCACAUCUGUCAAUCAGUUGGCAACGCUGCAAGACUGUGGUCAAAGGUCAAUAUUAUCGCCUGUCAUCAACAUCUUAGCUGGAGAUAUGGCCAUAGUAAAUGAGUACGCUACAGGUCAUAUUGAUACGGGUAUUUUCGGCUUCUCUCUUCUUGCGCAGUAUGAGCACAACAGAGACCUUCCUCUUGUCGUGCCCCAUGAGUCCACAACCCUAUGUCGUGUGGCUUUUGAGAUCAUUGCGCGACAGAACAUGGUUGGCAUAGACCCUGGCGAGCUGGAACGUCAGCUAUGGUCAGGAUUUCGACGGGAAGCUAAGCAAGGCGAGGGGUGUAGAGUAGACACUAAAGUUCUAUAUGCAGUGAUCGAUUACAUGAGCUCUUUAUGA